AUGCCUGUUGUACUGAAGCCGGCAUUUUUUGUUAACACCUCAGAUCCCAUUUAUAAGUCUAGAGAUCCAAAUCAAGCGGGUGAAAAAGGAGCUUCAGUGAAUGUUGACAAAAAUAAAUUAUCGCCAGAAGAUAAUAAAAAGUACGAUCUAGGCUUUCAAAAUAACGCUUUCAAUCAAUAUGCAUCAGACAUGAUAUCAAUACAUCGAACGCUACCGGAAAUUCUCGACCAAGAGUGUUUGACAGAGAAAUACCAUGACGAUCUGCCAGACACAUCCGUCGUUGUAUGUUUCCAUAACGAGGCUUGAACCCCUUGCUCGCUAUAUGUCACAGUUUGCGAAAGUGAAGAUUUUGCGGAUGGGAAAACGGGGAGGACUGAUCCACGCGCGGUUGCGUGCGCUGCAAUCGCAGAGGGAAAAGUGUUGUCAUACCUUGAUUCACAUUGUGAAAGUAUGGAAGGAUGGAUUGAGCCAUUAUUGGACCGAAUCAAGCGAGAUCGAACCACAGUGGUGUCCCCUGUAAUUGAUGUCAUUGAUGAUAAUACAUUCUAG